CCUCGACUUCGCGAGAUGUUAUUUGUUUUUUUUCUUCUUCUUUCUCUAGUCCACUAACACGAUGACAUCAACUUCCACAAGGCACACACCUCGCAUUGCUUGACUGGGGUCACUUCCAAUCUCACUCGCGGACACCCGGCCCGGCAUCGACCCAUGCUUUUAAAUACCGUCAUGCUCUAACCCAAUUUCGGCUCACAACCUUUCCGCACUUCCGUCAAGAUGCAGACGUUCACUCUUGAACAAGUUGCCCAGCAUACUACAACCGGCUCCUGCUGGGUCAUCAUCCAGAACAAAGUUUACGAUGUGACCGACUUCAUCUUUGAUCAUCCCGGAGGGCCGAAUGUCAUCCUCAGAUAUGCAGGAAAGGAUGCCACUGCUGCAUACAUACCUAUCCAUCCAUCUGAUGCUUUGGACAAGAACCUUGCUCCGGAAAAGCACCUUGGUACUUUAGACAACGAGUCAAUAAAUCGUCUAAAGGAACCAGAGAAUAACAAAGUUCAAACCAAAGAUGAGUUGCGUGUCGAAGAGGCGCUCAAGAACAAACCAUCACUUCAGAGGAUAAUCAAUGUCGAGGACAUGGAAGAGGUUGCGAAGAAGAUCUUGCCGUACAGGGCCAUGGCUUACUAUUCUUCAGCCGGGGACGACUGUAUAACGCAUGUAGAGAACGGUCGUGCCUUUGGGCGCUUUUUUUUUCAUCCUCGGAUUAUGAAACCUGUGUCCCAAUGUGAUACCUCGACGAUCAUACUCGGUUACAAUAGCACGAUACCCGUGUACAUCAGUGGUGCAGCGCUAGCCCGACUAGGCCAUCCAUUAGGCGAGGCCAAUCUUACGCGCGGUGCCUAUAAGACCGGCAUUAUACAAAUGGUGUCCAGCAACUCUUCUCUCUCUUACGCAGAGAUAUCCGCUGCACGUGUGUCCCCAGACCAGCCUCUCUUUUUCCAAUUAUAUAAAAACGUUAACAAUGUCACUGCCGAGAGAUGCAUAAGAGAAAUCGAAGGAUUAGGCUACAAGGCAAUUUUCUUGACAGUCGAUGCUCUAGUCGCUGGUAAUCGCGAGCUGGACAUCAGGAUACCGCAUUAUCUCGAGGACUUUGAGAAUCAAGGUCUUCCCACUCAGAGAAAGCCGGAUGAGGAUCAAGGCGAGACUGACCGACUUGGUACCUCUGGCGCACUUGUCGGAAUGAAUGAUGCUGACAUGACAUGGGAAAAGACGAUACCAUGGAUACGAAGUAUUACGAAGUUACCCAUUGUCAUCAAAGGUGUUCAAUGUGUUCAGGAUGCUGUUCUGGCUUGUGAAGCUGGUUGUGAAGGCAUUGUGCUAUCGAAUCAUGGAGGUCGUCAAUUGGAGUACUCUCUGCCACCAAUCGAGUUGUUGUACAGGAUACGACAGCAACGCCCUGACGUGUUUGAGAAGACUGAAGUGUACAUUGACGGAGGAAUCCGCCGUGGAACCGAUGUCAUUAAAGCACUAUGUCUGGGUGCCAAAGCUGUCGGUUUGGGACGCGCGUUCCUCUACGCCCAGAGUGCAUAUGGUGAGGCUGGCGUGAUUCAUGUGGUACGUAUCCUUCAACGCGAAAUCCGCUUUGGGAUGCAGUCGCUCGGUGUUCGAAACAUCGGCGAGCUCGUACCGCAGAUGGUUGAGCGUGUCGACUGGCAGCCAGUCACCCGUGCGAAACUGUAGAUGAUUGCAGUCCUGAGCGCUGAGCUACAACAUCCUCUGUUAUAUGUACAUGCCUACCGUGUAUUUAGAUAUUGCAUCUAUAGGGGUCCAUGUGGGCACAACAAAUAUUGUUGCUAAGUGAUACCACCAGCCAAAGUUACUGCACAAUUGUGGACAUGUCUUGAAUUCAAAUUAUGCAGAGCCAGC